AUGAGGAGCUCUGCUUUGGUGUUGUGCAUUGUUGCAAUGGCUUUGGGGGUUCUAUUGAUGGCCCUGCCGACAAAGGGACUGAUGUCCUAUCCAAGGAGGUUGUGGGAUAUGCGACUGCCCAGCGACGGCCCUUUUGAAUUGGAAAUGACGACAUGUGUUCUGGCUCCGGCAGAUUGGAAGGAGACAGAGCAAGCACACGUGAUAACGGUGGACGUUCCAGGGAUAAAGAAGGAGGAUUUGAAGAUCGAGGUGGAGGAAAAUUGGGUUUUGAGGAUCGGUGGGGAGAGGAAGAGAGAAGAGGAGGUGGAGGGCGAGGAAUGGCGCGGCGUUGAAUGCAUUACCGGCAAGUUCCGGAGACAAUUCAAGUUGCCUCGCAAUGCGGACUUGGAAUCCAUUAAAGCUCAUUUGGAGAAUGGGGUUUUGAAGAUCACUGUUACUAAGUUUGCUGAGGAGAAGAAGCGUCAGCCCAAGGUCGUCAACAUUGUCGAGGAGGUUAACCCUUCAUCAACAUUGUCAAGCCUUCCUUCCAAAGCCGAAAAGUAA